GUGAAGCAAUGUCUUUGGCGGGACGAAAAUAAACAUAGGUGUUUUUGGAUCGUGUUAAUUGAGAGUUCUGCAGAAUUAACGAUAUUUAAUCAAAUUUGGUGAUCUGAAGCUGUGUUUCGAAGAUGAGAAAAAAUCAGUCAUUGAAAUGUGAUAAAUUAAUUUACAUUUAGCUCAGUUUGUAAAAUUGUUCUCAGGCACGAAUCAUAAGCAAGUUUGUUGUUGCUGAGAAAAAUGCGUGGUAAGGACAUUUCUUUGAGCAAAGCAUUGUCAUGGAUUUUGCGCCAUGGUGCAGUUAAAGAAGGGCUAGCCAUUACUGAAGAUGGUUUUGUGGCAGUGGAGGAGAUUCUGAGCCAUAAAUCAUUUAGAAACUAUCAGUUAUCAGAUAUACAACGUGUCGUGGCAGAAAAUGAAAAGCAGAGAUUUGCAUUACGAACAGAUACUGAGACAGGGACACUUUACAUUAGAGCUAAUCAAGGUCAUUCAAUACAGGCCAUACAGAAAUUGGAUCUUGAUCCAAUACUAGAAUCUUCAAACACUCCUGUGGUUAUACAUGGAACAUACAAGAAGCACUGGGAAAAGAUUAAGCAUGAAGGUCUAAGUCGCAUGUCAAGAAUGCACAUUCAUUUUGCUCCUGGUGAGCCUGGCAAGGAAGGAGUUAUAAGUGGCAUGCGUAAAUCAGCUGAUUUGUAUAUCUACAUUGAUAUGCCAAAAGCUCUUGCAGAUGGUUUGAAAUUCUACAGAUCCUCAAAUAAUGUUAUACUGAGCCCAGGAAAUGACAGUGGGUUGAUACUGCCAAAAUACUUCAGAAAGGUUACUGAUAAACACGGAAGAGAAUUAGAAAAAUGACAAUUUCAUUUUGAGUGUGACUCAAUGAAUACAGUAAACAUGUAAAUAUUUGUCAGAUCUGUAAAGACAGAGGAGAAAGGAGGGCAACUAAUUUCUGUAAAUAAAAAUGCACAUUAAUUGUUUAUAAAAAAUAAUUAU